GUGGCUGAAGCUGGGAGUGGUGAGGUGGGAAAACGAGAGAACCUUACUUGAGCUGGCACCUUUUUAGUAAUUGACUGACGCUGGAGCUGACUGGAUGGGAUUCCAUGUUUGGGAACAACUAGAAUAGGCAUGAGUGAACUGUUGAGAGAAGGCUUCAGUGGGUCCUCACCCACAGACCUACGGUUGGUUCUCCUUGGGAACAUUGGCUGUGGGAAGACAUCAACGGCGGACACCAUCUUGGGUCAGCUGUCUCCCGUCACUCCCAGUGCCGCCAGAAGCAGCACGCUGAGACAGGGCUUAACCGAGGGCAGAAGGGUGACCCUAGUGGAGGCGCCAAGAUGGUUCUGGAUCGGCUGCGACAUGGAUGAAGGUGUCAAAAAGGAGACCCAGCGGGGCAUGAGCUUGGUAGCACCGGGUCCACAUGCUGUUCUGCUGCUGGUGCCUGUAAACCAAUUCACAGAGAUGGAGGGUCGAGUGCCUGCAGAGCUAGAGAAGUUGUUUGGGACUGAAGUGCUGGAUCACACCCUGGUCCUACUGACGUGUGGAGACUAUUUGAUGGGAAAAACAGUUGAGCAAUACCUGCAGAGAGAACACCCAGGCCUGAGGCAGGUCAUAGAGCGCUGUGGAGGGAGGUACCAUGUCUUCAACAACCGCCAGCGACAGGACAAAGAGCAGGUUCAGGAACUUCUGAGAAAGGUGGACAGCAUGGUGCAGACAAACGGGGUAUAUUGCAUUAAAACAGACCAGGAAAAAGAGCUGGAGAAACGGGUGCUGGAGCGAAAACGGGAGCUGAUGGAAAGUUUCAGAGCUCAGAAGGAGGAGAAAGAAAAGCUUAUCAUGGAGAAGAGCGUGUCAGACUCAGACGUCUUUGAUGCAAGACAGGAGCCCAACAGCACUUUGGAGAGAAGAAGAAAAUAUAAGGAUGAAAUAGAAGGAAGAGUUGUUGCGAAUGAAGUUUCUAAUGGGCUUUAUUCUGCUCCAGUAACUGAGCGGCCAUCAUAUUCAGAACCAAAGGAUGAUGACAGCCAGUUAACCAGGACACCUAGUUUUAGGCUGAAUGCAGAUGGAGCCCUACUCUCACAGAUUUCUGAGACGCAGUCAAAGCCUAAACUCAUCUCCACCUACCAUCACAGAAUCAACAGCUUUGAAGAGAAUUCCCCUGGGACGUCACCCACCUUUUCUCCUCAUUCACCCACCGUUUCUCCUCAUUCACCCACCGUUUCUCCUCAUUCACCCACCGUUUCUCCUCAUUCACCCACAUUUUCUCCUCAUUCACCCACCUUUUCUCCUUCCUCAUACUCUACACAAACUUUCGCCGCCUCUCCCACACCAGUGCCCCGGUCCUCUUCAUCACCCCCUUCAUCGCCGUCACAGCUAUCAACCCCCCCUGAGCUUCGUCUGAUCUUGCUUGGUCGCUCCGGAGCGGGGAAGAGUGCAGCUGGCAACAGCAUCCUGGGACAGGAGCUGUUUGAGUCCCAUCCAGAUAGCUUCACCGCAAUCACUCAGAAGUGCGAGAAAAAGAAGGCAAUGGUUGAAGGAAAAAGAGUGUCGGUGGUGGACACACCUGAUUGGUUCAACUCAGAGCAGACUCCAGAUGAAGUGAGGGCUCAGAUUUCUUCCUGCGUGGCUUUGUCCAGCCCCGGUCCUCAUGCCUUUCUUCUCUGCGUGCCGCUAGACCAGCCAGCAAAGACCGAACUGCAAGCCCUCGAGGCUCUUGGGACGGUUUUUGGACCAGAGGCCGUCCAGAAGCACACUAUGGUCCUCUUUACAUACGCAGAUAAACUAAGGGAAAGCGGGAAAGUAGAGGGAAAGAGUGUGGAGAAUUACAUUGCAAGCCAGAGGGGGGAUUUGGUGAAGUUGGUGGAGAAAUGCAGAGACAGGUAUCAUGUGAUGGAGAAGGGGGAUGGUUGGAGACAGAAACAGAAUGUGGCAGAGCUACUUGAGAAGGUGCAGCAGACGGUGAAGGAAGCUGGAGGGCAGUGCUAUUCUACUCCAGCUUUUCAGGAGGCAGAGGAAAAGGUGAGGCAGAGACAGUUAGAGAUAGCAGCUGGAAGAAGGGGCAUAAAGCCAGAACUGGCAGUAGAUGAUGGGCAGCUCAGCAGUAUGAGGCAGAGUCUGGCACCAAUAAACGAGGAGAUAACAGAGGAAGAGAUCGUGAACACAAGGGAUGAGGCAGAGAGGAUUGUAAGCAGCGCAAAUAUAGAAAGCCUUCCGCCUGUUACCCUUUCCACCAUGUCGCCUUCUCUUCUCCGGUCUAUGAUGGAGAAAGUGGAGUCCGGUGCCAAGAUGUUACCCCAACUUUUGGCAAACAGCUCAACGUGGGUGGAAGAGAGUGCAAAACAGGUGAAAGGUAGUCCAGUGUGGGGAAAAAUUGGCAGUGGUGCCCAAAAUGUCCAAAAAAUGGUUGCAGACAGUCCCAUGUGGGAAAAGGUGGGAACCACAGCAGGACAGGUAUCCCAAGCUGUGGGAAAAAGAGUUCCACAGAAGGUUGUGGAUGGUUCUGCGUGGGUGGGAUCUGGUGCCAAAGCAGUAACAUCAAGUCCAAUGUGGGGGAAAGUGGGUUCAGGGGCCAAGAAUUUGGCUAAGAGCCCUGUGUGGGGGAAAGUUGGUUCUGGUGCUAAAACUGGAGCUAAACUGAUGGCAGAUGGUUCAGUGAAGGUUGGAGCAGGGAUCGGUGCUGGUGCAAAGAAGGUGGCACAGAGUCCUGUAUGGGAGAAGAUGGGUGCUGGAGUGAAAGCUGGGGCCAAAAGGGUCUCGGAGAGUUCAGUGUGGGAAAAAAUGGGAAAUACUGCCAAACAGGUGCCAAAGACGGUCAUUAUUGGUGCGAUUCUGGGUCUGGUGCUCGGUGUCAUUUUGGCUGGGCUGAUCGGCGGGGCUGUUGGGACUGGUGCAGGAGCUGCAGUCAGUGAGGUGGUCCGGCGAAAAUUCAGCAACAAAAGCACAUCUGAUGGAACCAUAAACGCUGAGAUACUAGCAAAUAACAGCACUGAUGGCAGGAAACUCAUGAAGACAGAAUAAAGGACUGAAAUGGACCAUUCAUGCAAAAUUUGUAAGAAAAAAGUUUUUCACCAGAUUACAUUAUACAAAAUAUGAUCGAUACUUUUGGAUUUUUCCCCUAGUUUUCUUUAUUUUCAGAUAACUGUGUAGUUUUAUCCCACUGUUUGUAUAUAUUAUCUUAUCAUUUUAGGUGUGCUUUGCUUAUAAAAGAACAUUGAUAGACAGGAUUUUCUAAUAUGAACAUCAUUUGUUGUUAAAAACUGAGAAGUUUAUAUAUAAUUCUAGGUUAC